AUGCCUCUGCAAGCGCUCGUGCAUGGACCCGGCGUGCGUUGCAUCGCAACUGAUGUAGCGCGCCUCGUUAUGCGGCGUUGGUAUCCGAAGAUGCCCGCGCUGCAUCGGGUCGUCUACCCACUGCUCCCUCCGACAUGCCGGUGUACGUGUGACGCUAUACGCAAGCAUGACUUCGUCGUGCGAGCGUCGCUUGACGCCCGUUCGAGGACCUAUAAGAACGCUUCGCCCUUUGCUCAGACAAUCCAAUCAUGUUCACCAUCUCUCUUGGGGGAGGCACUCAUCCGCUGUGGCAAGCCUGCCAGUCGUAGUAGGCUGUUCAUAGCGUCCUGUGGGGAGCCUCCCCCGCCCCUCUCCCUUCGACCUCUGCAUAGCCUCAGAGUCGAAGUUCGCACUGUUGUUAUCUGCGCAGGCGACUGUAUGCUUCAUGCACGAACGACCCGUCGCUCUUUACCACACCUAUCCGUUCAUCUGUGUCCAUGGCUUGAAAUUCAUGUGCAGGCUGCGGUCAUAUCAGUCUAG